GGGGGUCGUUAAUGACAAAUCAUUAAAACGCCCGCCGGUGUCCACACUACAUGCCGACAGAGUGUAGUCAACUGCAUAGAAUCCAGUAUUAUUUAUAGUGGCCUAGGGGAUCAGCUGAUGGAGCCGCGUGGCGCGCGACUCGCGAGUAGAAGCGCGGCCGCGCGCGCGCAGACACCGCCACUCCGCACAUCCUGCGCACACGCCGCGCCGACACUAUCUGCGUUAUCGUACAAAUAAUACAUACACGUGAACCUCCAGCUAACCGGCUCCCGUCGCUUGUUUACGCUGUUACCCACCACCACAAUUACCAGACACGUCAAAGUGAACUGACUGCAAAUAAUAUCAUUAUCUCUCAACUUACGGUGACUUCGCCUACCCACUUCGUCUUACCAGUGUUUUAUUGUGAUUCUAGUUAAAAAAUAUACGGACAUAAUUGUCUAUUUGUUACGCAAUAAUCAAACGCGUGUGAACCAAGAUACAGUGUAGUGUUCUAUCAAGGAAAUAAUUCAUAGGAUAUAUAAACAAAUUAUGGCUCCUUUCUAGGAACUCGAGUUGUCGUAAUUUGAACUCUGUGCAGUGGUAAUAAGGUGAAAAUGAGGAGCGACGUGUUAGCACCGAGCGAGUUGGAGGGGACGGACUACCUUCUCUCCUCCACUAUGAGGCUGGAGGACAGCUUUCUGCAAAUACUCGACAGUGACAUGCAGCUAGAGACGAGCAGUAGUGAGGCGAGUGCGGCGUCCUCCGCGGCCCUGUCGCAGCACUGCGCCAUCUGCGGGGACCGCGCCACCGGCAAGCACUACGGGGCCUCCUCCUGCGACGGCUGCAAGGGAUUCUUCAGGCGAAGCGUCAGGAAAAACCAUCUAUAUACGUGCAGAUUCAGCAGAAACUGUGUGGUGGACAAAGACAAGAGGAAUCAGUGCAGAUACUGUAGACUAAGGAAAUGUUUCAAAGCUGGGAUGAAGAAAGAAGCGGUGCAAAACGAGCGGGAUCGUAUAAACUGCAGGCGGCCGUCGUACGAGGAGCCGACACAGGCGAACGGACUGUCAGUCGUGUCGCUACUCAACGCAGAGCUGCUCAGCAGGAAGGUUAUAGAUGAGACAAACAACAUAACAGAAGCAGAGAUAAGCAACUGCAAGUUGGCGAAAAUAAACGACGUAUGUGACUCUAUAAAGCAGCAGCUGCUGAUCCUGGUGGAGUGGGCCAAGUACAUCCCGGCCUUCACGGAGCUGCACCUGGACGACCAGGUGGCGCUGCUGCGGGCCCACGCCGGGGAGCAUCUACUGCUGGGCUGCGCGCGCCGCUCGCUGCAUGUCAGCGACGUACUGCUGCUCGGGAAUAAUUGCAUCAUUACUAAACAUAAUAUUGACGGGCGCAUGGACAUAGACAUCAGCAUGAUAGGCAUGCGCGUGAUGGACGAGAUCGUGAAGCCGCUGCGGGAGAUCGACAUCGACGACACCGAGUUCGCGUGUCUCAAGGCCAUCGUGUUCUUUGAUCCUAACGCGAAGGGUCUCUCCCAGCCGCAGAAGAUAAAACAACUCCGCUAUCAGAUACAAAUCAACCUAGAAGAUUACAUCAGCGACAGGCAGUACGAUGGCCGCGGUCGCUUCGGCGAGCUACUGCUCUGCCUACCCCCCCUGCAGAGCAUCACGUGGCAGAUGAUCGAACAGAUCCAGUUCGCCAAGCUGUUCGGAGUGGCGCACGUCGACAGCUUGCUGCAGGAAAUGCUGCUUGGAGGGGCAUCAACAGAAGCGGCCAUAGAGGAGCCUUCUCCCGAGGGUGCAGUGGACGCGGCGUCACCAAUGUCCUCGGCAUCCUCCCCACCACUCGUUCCCCAACUCCCACUACCGGAGCCCAGCUUCCUGGAACCCUUCAAGCAGGAACCCAACAUGAGCCCCGAACACAAUACCAGCAUGCUGAAGUCUGCAGACAUUACACUGUUAUAGUGACAUACAGACACCACGCUUUUGUAGAACGAACGCUCUUGGAAUAUUCCAGAAUGAAGGCAAUUUGAUUAUCUAUGCGUAUGCAUUUGAAAACCGUUAUCGAAAUGGUUAUUUGAAAUUUGUAACACUGAAAAAAAUGUUCUUUCGAACUUGACACGCUCUAUUAUUUGGGUUUAUUUUUAUAAGGAGCAAUAGGUGUUAAUUUGUGCACCUGUGUCUUCGUAAUGGAAAGGUUUAAGUGUAAGUAAUAUUGAAUUAAAAAUAUAGAUUGUCUCUUGCCAGCCAAGGUAAUGAAACGCUUGGAAAACUUUCGCGCAAAUCAUUUGGGUGUUAUUUUUCAAAUAUUUUUUUCAGUGUAUUUUUGUUUUAUAUGUAUGUACCUUGUAUAUUAUAUUAUGAAUGACUGUCUAUAAAAUUACAAAAAUCGACUACAUAUUUUAUGUAAUCAAUUCAAUCAUUAUUAAUUUUCUUGCUGUUAUCCAAAGUUAUUGUUUGGUUACUUUAAAUCGUCGGUUUUUAUGUAAUUUUAUUGUUUAUCCCUAAUUAGAAUAAGUGCCUUUGUGAAUAAGAUUAAGAGUGUAAACAGAAUCGAGCAUAUCGCUGUAUUGGGCAGAAAUAAAUUGCAGCUUUAAAGUAAGAAAAUUGCGGGAAAUGCAAUGACAUAAAGUAUAUAAGAAAAUAGCCAUAGAUAUGUAAUGUAUAUAAAAUAUGUAACUUUUAUAAAAUAUCGAACAAUUUUUAUGAAAUAUUUAUAUACAAAAUGUUUAGAUGUUAACUUUUUGUGCCUGUAUUUUAUAUAAUUGUUUUUGUGUGUAGGUGUAGGAGGAGCGUUUGCCAAUUUUUUAUAUAAACUUAUUAUAUUACUAACUUUACGGACUGUAAUGCUACUCAAUUUUAUGUUUGUAUAGGUUUCGGACUAUCUCUGUCAUUUUAAAGUAAAUUAUAAUGACAGAGAUACAUUUUAGAGCAUUUUAAAGUUGAGUGGCGUUGUACAGUUCGGUGAUAAAAGUAGGUGUCGGAUUCUACAAGUGAUGUACAUCUGUCUCGGCUGUGUUACACCGUAACAAACUUAAGGAAAUUAUUUACAUGCCCGCACUUGUUGAACUUUUAUACUAUUUUCUAGAUUAAUAUCUUAAUUUAUUUGGUGUCGAGUCAAAAUUGAAGCGUGGUACCGCGCUCUAGUAUUCGGACUAUGUAAGUUACCACGAUAGAAACAAGUAGGUGAUGGUAUUAUAAGAAACCAAUAGAAAACGUUAUUGACAGUUAGGUAGGCGUAAACAUAUGAUUUAUAGGCAUUUUAUCUCGAUUAUAUUUACAUAGAAUUAUAUAUAUACAAGUGAUUUUGUACGUGUCUACACGUGUAUUGUAUGACACUGUUAUGUAGGUGAACCAUUUGUUAAUAAAUGCUCAAAGUAGGUAUGUUAUAUUUCAUUGUUACUCGAUUGGUGUAUACCGUUAUGUGGUGAAAGUUACUCUUUGCGUAUGAACUAUAUCAUGGGUUAAAAAGUCGUAGAAUUUAUUGUCAUUUAAGUUAAGAAAUAGGUGCCUUAUUGUCCUAUUGAGGUGUACUGUUGAAAAUGUACAUACUAUGUUAUGAAUUUUAGUAGAAUAUAUUUUAAUAAAUAAUGUUACAAAAA